CUCCUCAAGACCACGAUUCAUCCAACGAGAAACAUCCCCUCUGAACGAUAAACGGGCUGAAAAUGAGUGAACAGGCCGCAGUAGGAAAGCUUGUUGCGCAAACUGAAGAAUCCGGGAGUGUUCUCGGCAAGCUCAUACUCUUCGCGCUUUCCUUGGGUCUCGUCCCAAUAUCAUCCUACUUCCUAUCAAGGGACUAUCUGUGGAAUGGUAACACCAUUUACGCCGCAAUAACCGCCAUCGUGGCUGCCAACGUAGUGUUGGUCCUCUACAUCUUCGAGGCAAUGCGGGACGAAUCGCGCAUGCGUGCGCGCGAGAAGCAGCAAGGCGAAACCAAAAAGGAUCGGUAGCAUGCUUUCCGCCGUCCACUCCCCUUAUAUUGUAUAUCUGCUAUAACUUCCACGCCACUUCUACGCCUUGGUUCAUAUAAAAAUCUGGAAAUACG